AUGGCACAUAUAAGUCCUACUUCAUCUCUUGGGAAGAAGUUUUUUGCAGAUCCAUGCGCCAGCAGCCCCUGUCUCCAUGGCAACUGUAGCCAGGACGGUGGGGGGGAUGGGUUUGUGUGCGAGUGCAGUGAGGGUUACAGCGGGGUCCGGUGUGACCUGCCUACUUUGACCUUUGACCUGUCCGAGUCCACCUGGGACCUCGCCGAGAGCCUUGUACCGGAACAUGCCACGCCCGCCACACCCGCCACACCUGCGACCACCACUCAAGUGUUUCAGCCAACCACAGUUCCCACCACUACUCAAGCUCUGCCCACACUGGAGCCGUGGCGACCCAAACCGGGUCAGAAAGUGGUGGAGAUACUGUGGGAGGAUCAGCAGGUUACUGAUGAAGCCGAAUGUGUGAGUACCGCAGGAGGUGAGUCUGCCGGAAUGAUGACUGUUUCCAUGGAGGUUGCCGAGGAAACAGCUGUGAAGUUGGUGGGUAAUGUGAGUGGCUCUGCUGUACUGUGGCGUGUAAGUGAGGCUGGUUAUGAGCAGUGCUCUGUUGCAGAUGGUACAAUCAUGUGGUUCCAGCAGAGCUCAGAUGGCCUGGUGCUCCCUGACCAGUCCCUGCCAUUCGGACACAACUACUUCAUCAGUGUGUUGCAUGUUGGUGCACCCUCUGGUCCAGAGGUCACUUUGAGGCUGCAUCUCAAUGUAAAAACCAAUAACUGUAUGGAGCCCGGAAGUGGUUUCAGUGACCCACAAUGCUCUGGAAAAGGAAAAUGCAUCACCCAGUCCUCUGUGGAUACAUUUUACUGCCAGUGUGAUGAUGGGUACUCUGGGAUCUUCUGUGAGGAGUUUGACGCAUGUCACCUGAAGCCCUGCGAGAACAACGGCACCUGUGCUGACCUCACACAGAGAGAUGAAGGACAAAACUACACCUGUACCUGCCAACCAGGUGUUGUGCAAUGUGUGUUGCAUGUUGGUGCACCCUCUGGUCCAGAGGUCACUUUGAGGCUGCAUCUCAAUGUAAAAACCAAUAACUGUAUGGAGCCCGGCAGUGGAUUCAGCGACCCACAAUGCUCUGGGAAAGGAAAAUGCAUCACCCAGUCCUCUGUGGAUACAUUUUACUGCCAGUGUGAUGAUGGGUACUCUGGGAUCUUCUGUGAGGAGUUUGACGCAUGUCACCUGAAGCCCUGCGAGAACAACGGCACCUGUGCUGACCUCACACAGAGAGAUGAAGGACAAAACUACACCUGUACCUGCCAACCAGGGUAUCAGGGUGUCAAGUGUGAGCAGAAGAUUGAUCCUUGUGCUUCUGGGCCCUGCCACAAUAAUGCCAGCUGCUCCCCACAUGGUGCCGGUUUGGGCUUCAGCUGCACCUGUCCUGCAGGUUUCACCGGACAUACCUGCGCCCAGCUAGUGGACUUCUGCGCCCUCAACCCAUGCGCUCAUGGCAUCUGCCGCAGCAUCGGCACUAGUUAUAGGUGCCUGUGUGUACCAGGAAGACACCCAAUAACACUUUCUUGUCUCUCUUUCUUCAUCCUUCUCAUCUUUCUCUCAGAUCUGCAGUGGAAGAUGGCUCAGCCGGUCGACUCGCUGACCAAUAUGCCUCGUCACUCUCUGUACAUAAUCAUCGGCGCUCUGUGUGUGGCUUUCGUCUUGAUGCUCAUCAUCCUCAUCGUUGGUAUCUGUCGCAUCAGCCGCAUCGAGUACCAGGGCUCGUCCCGUCAUGCCUACCAGGAGUUUUACAACUGCCGCAGUAUUGACAGCGAUUUCAGCAAUGCUAUCGCCUCCAUUCGCCACGCAAGGUUUGGGAAGAAAUCCAGACCAGCAAUGUAUGAUGCGACUCCCAUCAGUUAUGAAGAUUACAGCCCUGAUGACAAGCCUCUAGUCGCACUCAUUAAAACGAAAGAUUUGUGAGGCAAUACAUCUGCAAACACACACACACACACUGCAAACACACAGUCACUAUUCCAGCUUUUAAAAUGAGUCAAUCCGUGCAGUAU